AUGGUUCCUGGCCUUGGAUUAGUUACGCCGUCGGUUAGGCCACCACUGACCACCAUUGCAUUCGCCGCCUCAAAGCAUUACUCCUUUUUCAUCUCCUACCACCACUGCCUUUUUAUAAGCCACCUUGCACUACCACCCUUAGGUCACCUCCAUCGAACCCUUAUCUCUUUUUUCUAUCCUUAUUAUCAUACGAACACAAGGAGUAUAUGUGCAUUUUUUGCUUCUUCUAUCGUCGUGAGUCGGAUCAUCAUUCGCCUGCUCCGCCAAAUCCUUCCACUGGUUCAUCAGGAUGGAGAAGCUUAUGCUCACCUGCUUAAUGUUCUUGCACCAGAACAUUGCAGCCCAGGCACAUUGGAUACCAAUGAUCCGACUGAAAGGGAAAAUUUGGUACUCGAGCAUGCAGGAAAAAUGGAUUGCAAAAGAUACUUGGCUCCUAAAGAUAUCGUUGAAGGCUCUGCAAAUCUAAACCUUGCAUUUGUGGCACAUACUGUUCAAGAUUCACUUGGUAGAUUUGCUCUUGAUAUUGACCUUGAUGCUCCAAAAAUUAGAAUUCCUAUAAGAUUAAAUGCCUCAUCAAAGUAUAACAGUCAUUUUCGUUUGGAUUUUGGUCAUUUUACAUUGAGGAAAGAGGUAUAUUUUAAUUAA